CCUAGUUCUACUCUGCUAGUUUUCUUUAGUGGAAUCCUAGGAUUCUCUUUAUCUUCGGGGACGUUUCUUUCAGCGAAGUUAUAUACGCCUUACCUCUCAGGCUUGUUAUAUAUUCAGCGCUUAUUGUUCCUUGAGAUAGUGCUCCCCCUUUGUAAAUACCCCACUCUGGAGUUAUUGCAGCGUCCACGGACAAAACAAUUGGAAAGGCUCGAAGUCGUGAGAAAGAAAUGCAUGGUAAUAGGGUCCUAG